AUGCCAGUCUCAUCGGACGUUUCAAACGACAGUAACUGUGGUGGUGGUGGCGGUGGUAGUGCAACUCCCCACAGCUCCAAGUCUCCCUCCGCCACCACCUCGCUCCCAGUCUCUCCAUCCACGCCGACCCCGCAACAACGCCGAACCCAUCGGCGACGAACUACCAUAGCUGUUGUAACCGUAUGUCUCCUACUCGCAGCUGUGAUUAUCCUCCAAAUUGUCAUUGUCGGCCUCAUUCUCAACUCCCGCCUUGUACAGAAUGCCACCGGUGUCUCUUUGCUUAUUCACAAUCAGACGGGCGAGACACCGAGUGAGUUGCAGGUUCGAGGACAGCUACUCCAAUUGGCAGAUUUGUUGAGUUGGGAUGCCAAAUGUAAUCGUGUGCUUCACGACCUUGUAGUCAGUUGUUACGGGGCUCCGGACUACCUGGCAAAUAAAGCAAAGGAAGGAUCGAGGAGCGGAGGAGGCAGAGUCGGAGGCAGGUUCCAAUUCAAUCGAAACUUUCCGCACAACUUAGAAACACCGUCGCGGCACGCAUUGAAGCCGAGGAAGUUGCGACAGUUAAUGUCACCUGGAUCCGAGGUGGACCAAAGGAACCAAAGUCAUUUGGAGAGGGAGGGGAUUUCUGGCGUAGCCUCAGUGGACAACCUUCAAACGAAUCUUGAAGAGACUUGA